AUGAAGGCGGUGUCGAGCAGCAGAGUGAGAGAGCUUCAAGCCGAGCUAUUUCCGGUCCAACCCAUCCCAGGUGGCAUGCUCUCCGAUCUAACGCCGCAGGAUUUGCAAGUGUCUCAAGUGGAACGUUACGAGAGCUCGGCUCUGAGACGAGACGCGGAAUCAGCGCUGUUCGCGAUACCUCUGGGUCUGUCCAGGCAUCGGUAUUCGAAGGAGGCCCUUCGAGCGGUACUCGAUGCGCGCUGCAUCGUCGACGGAAGCAUCCAGGAAGCGGCCAGGUGGCCGACCGAGUGCCAGGUGAUCGCAGAAAAAGUUCGUCACAUCGAGUACAAUCCUGACACGCCGGAAGCCUUCUACGUGUCAACCGGAAAGGAACCGAGACCCAAGCCGAUCGGCGACGAGCUUGGAACGGUGAUCUUUCGUUACUGUCCAACUAACGUUACUAAUUACUUUAGCCGAUCUUGCGUGGGUGGUAACACGGUGUUACCGUUCCCCGCGGAUUUUUCCGGGGAGUCGACCGCGUGCGCCAACGGCAAUGACAUCUUUUUCGUCACCGAAGCAUCUCGGCCGAAGGACGACACGGAUCUGCGGUUCGAGUCGCGAUUCGAGUCUGGAAACCUCGGCAAAGUGGUGAAGAUAACCGACACGUAUUACCAGCUCUACCUGCGAAGGGACCUCUACACGCAGAGACAUACGCAGUGGUACUACUUCAGGGUAUCGAAUACGAGAAGCAGAAUUACAUACAGAUUCUCAAUCGUAAAUAUGUGCAAAGAUGAGAGCCUUUACAACGAAGGCCUCAAGCCUCUCCUUUACUCCACCGAAGACGCUCGAACCCGAUCCGUAGGAUGGAGAAGAUGCGGCGAUAAUAUCGCGUAUUACCGAAACAACGACUCAUCCGACGAGGAGAAGGAGAAGCACACGCUGACGUUCAACAUCUCGUUCCCUCACGAUCGUGACAUCGUUUACUUGGCGCACUGCUAUCCGUACACUUACACCGAUCUCCAGGAGUAUCUCGGCAAGAUCGUGGCCGACCCCGCGAAAACGCGGUACGCCAAGCUGCGCCUGCUGUGCCGCAGUCUCGCCGGAAACGGCGUGUACUACCUGACGAUCACCGCGCCGACCCACGACGAGGAGGUGCGCAGGAAGCGGGGCGUCGUUAUCACGGCCCGGGUGCACCCCGGCGAGACGCCGUCGAGCUGGACGAUGAAGGGCAUCAUCGACUUCCUCACCGGCGACACGAACCGGGCCAGAGAGCUCAGAGAGAGAUUCGUCUUCAAGUUGGUGCCGAUGCUGAACCCGGACGGCGUCAUAGUGGGCAACAAUCGCUGCUCCCUGUCCGGGAAGGAUCUGAACCGGCAGUACAGGACCGUGAUGCGGGAGAGCUAUCCGUCCGUCUGGCAUACGAAGCUAAUGAUACGGAGGCUCCUCGAGGAAUGCGGGGUGGCGAUAUACUGCGACCUCCACGCUCACUCGAGGAAGCACAAUAUAUUCGCCUACGGUUGCGAGAGCAAGAGGACAGGGUGCAACGGGAGGCUGUCGGAGCAGGUGUUCCCGCUGAUGCUUCACAAAAACGCAGCCGACAAGUUCUCCUUCGAGAAUUGCAAAUUCCACGUCGAGAAGGGGAAGGAAGGCACAGGAAGAGUGGUCGUAUGGUCGAUGGGCGUGCAGAAUAGUUACACGAUGGAGGCUUCUAUGGGUGGCUCCAAAAUCGGCUCCAGAUGCGGGACACAUUUUUCCAAUCAGGAUUACGAGCAGAUCGGCAAGGCGUUCUGCGAGACCUUGCUCGAUUUUUCUGAUCAAGACCCCAUGAAGGAAAGACUCCGAAAUAAGAUUAUAGCCAGAUUAACGAAGGAGGGGUCCAGUGCCGAGGAGCCCAUUAAUGUCGAUUUGACCGACUAUUCAAGCGACGAGGGGGACAUAUCACAGGAGAGCUUCUCAUCGGAAGAGGGAAGGACCGAGUACACGGAUGCUGCGUGGUCCAGCGAGGGCGGAGAGUACCUGGCGGGUCGCCGCCGGUAUCUUUGCGUGCCACCGCCGUCGCCGACCUUCGUCCCGCCGAGAAGCGUCGGUCUUUAUAGGAGGAGGGCGCGAAGAGACGUCGCGGGAAGAAUUUAUUUAGAGCGCAGGAGAAAUCUGACACGACGGGCGGUGAUGGACUUGCCGACCACGGAUCCAGGUAGCGACCUGUGCGAUCUGACUGACUCGGCUGACGAGAGCUUCGUCAAAAGCGACGGAAGAGAAUACGACGACGUUACAUGGAGAAAUAAGCAAGAAUACCACGAGGAGAUAAUCGAGCUGUCCGAGCGGGAGACGGCCGAAAAAGAGGGGGGACAGGAGAAGAGGCUGAUCUUACCGGAAAUCGUGAGACCUCGCAGCGUGUCCUUCGGGGAGUUACUGCCGCGCAAGGAUCAUCGGAAGACUCGACAACGAUCGCGAUGCCUUCGAACGCUGAGAAAUCCGUCGCCGGAAUCGCCGACGAGCCGAGAGGUGAAGAUCAAGCUGACGUCGUUGAGACGGCAGAUUUGGACGGGUGUUUCGAGCACCGCCGCCGCCGCCGAGGGCAACGACGCGGAACGUCUUGUCGACGCAUUCGUUAAGACACCUUUGAGCUGGGGUGUCUCCAGACACGCUCUGACGCACUAUCCCACGGACGGCGAGGUCACGCUAAAACCGCAGUCCAAGAAGGCGCAGUCGCUCGCUUAUGACGCGGACAAGGAAGACGCGAGGAAGACGCGGAAAAAGUUGCGGCGGAAUGCGUCCCAAUUGAAGGCAGCUACUGCGCGUACGGACGGGCAGAAGACGUCCAGGAGGAAGAACGCGAAGCUCGACUGGCAGCGGGCGGUGAAUCUAAAUUCCCGGGGCAAGGACGCGAGAAUAACGAGAGCCACGUCGCUCCUGACGAUCGAGGCGGACUCGUUGAAGCUGCUGGCCGCGUCUACGGCGCCCAAGCAGCCGCAGCGACCGCAGCGGAAGCUCGAGCCGCGCCGAAAGUUCCGCGGCGUCGGCGCGGUGGCGUCCACCUGCGUCGGCGCCGUCGGGACGAAGCCGACGAGCGUCGCGAAGCCGACGAGGACGCGCACGUGCCGUCGCGACGCCUUCUGCGAGAGCACGACGUCGGACGACGCCUCGUCGGACUCCGGCAAGCCGAGCAAAGUCGUGAAGAAGAAGCAGAAGAAGAAGAAGCAGCCGCAGCAGCAACCGCCGCCGAGGAAACCGAGUAGAGGGACGGAGCAAAGCAAGCGAGUCUGCAGCGCGAAGACCUCGCGCAAUAACGUUUGA